AUGCCCAGGAGGAGAGGGGCAGUAGCUGCACGCACGCGUGUACAUGUGGCUUCGCGCAGCGAGGAUGAAGGUGAAGCGUCGCCCGAACAUCGAGCUUCACCUUCUCUGUCUGCGUCGUCCGAAGGUCAGUUCCGGGAAACGGUGCUAGAAGGGUAUAUGCGCCUUGGUAGAGAGGCGGGGCUGACGGGUGGGGAACUGGUGGAGUUCGCCACGCGGCGAGAAGAGGCUGAAAGGGAGGAAAGGAUCCGGCGAGAAGAAAGGGAGGAAAGGACCCGGCGAGAAGAGGCUGAAAGGGAGGAAAGGAUCAGACGGGAGGAGGGUGAGAGAGCGGAAAGAAUUCGGAUGCAGGAACUCUGCAACGAGUUGGAAGUAGCCAAAAUAAGUAGCGAUGGCGAGAGGCACGAUGCGUUAGACAUGGAGUUUCAACCGAUGCGCCUUAAGAUGCCGCCAUUCGAGGAGGGUGAUGACCUCGAGACCUACCUUUGUCAGUUUGAACGGUGUGCCAAGCUGCAGAGAUGGGAUAUCAGCUCGUGGGCGGCGAGGCUGGCAUUGUUACUCAAAGGGAAGGCCAGGGACGUUUGCGUGGGGCUUAACGACGAAGACGCCCAGGAUUACGCAAAACUGAAAGUCGCCCUGCUGACCAGGUUCCGUCUGACAGCUGAAACCUACCGACGGAAGCUUCGUUCCUCAAGGCGUGAAGGGGGAGAGACCUUCCCGCAAUAUGUAGCCAGGGCCCGGCUAUAUCUGACACGCUGGGUUGAGCUGGCGGGUAAGAACACUACAGUAGAAGAUCUCAGAGACUUGAUACUAAUGGAGCAGCUUAUAGACGGCGUGCCCCUCGAGUUAGCCACAUUCAUCCGCGAGCGAGCACCCAAAAGCGUGGAAGAUGCGGCAAUUCUGGCCCAGCAGUUCUCGGAGGCAAGGGAAGCUGCACGGUGGCAUCGCACACCUACCACAUCAUGCCACCAGGAGAGCGAGCAAAGGCAACGACGAGAUGAGUAUCAUCUUUCCUAUGGCCAGAGCCAGGGACGAAAAACCUGUUUUCAUUGCGGAGAAAUGGGCCAUAUCAGGAAGGACUGCCGCAAAUUCCAGAAAGACACCGGCGCGAAGGUCGCCGCUGUUAACACGGUUAUGGUAUCCGCCGCGAAGGAAGCAAACCGUGAAACGAAGGGUGAAUCGCUGCUGUGCGAGGACUGCAAGCGGAGGACAAGGCAUUUUGAUUUCCGCACGAAGGUGAACCUAAACGGCCGGCAGGCUAUGGCAGUGCGUGACACGGGCGCUGAUCUGCUAUGCGUGAGGAGCGACCUAGUGGAUGAAAAGCACUUCACGGGUCGGGAGCGGAAAGUGCGCUACGCGUCCAUGGAUACCCAAUCGAUACCUCUGGCAUACGUCCAUCUGGAGUCCCCCUAUUAUUCGGGCGAGGUCGAGGCAGCAGUAUUUCCAAAUCUCGUCCAGGAAGUAAUCAUAGGGAACAUGAUGCAAACGAAAGAGGGAGAGAACAUGGAGGUACCCGUGUACCCGGAGCCCGCAGCAACGUGCGCACCAGUGCAGACACGGAUGCAGUUCAAAGCCACAGAGGAGGAGAAGCUUCCACUCACGAACGCGGGAGAGAUGAUGAAGGUUAAGCCCGAAGAGUUGCGCGCGUUGCAAAGCCAGGACGCGAGUUUGAGUCGUAUCAGGCUCAUAGCCGAACAGAAGCAACCGCCCACGCGGAAAGGGAAGGGGGUAGUUACCUUCCAGCUAAAAAGGGGCUUGCUAUGGCGAGUUUACACGGGAAAGGAUAAAAUAGAGCACAAGCAGCUCGUAGUGCCUAAAUCAUUGCGGACCGAGAUACUGAAAUUGGCGCAUGAUACCCCGAUGGCCGGACACCUCGGGGUACGCAAAACCCGCGACCGGAUGUGGAGCCAUUUUUACUGGCCAACUAUGUGCAAAGACGUGCGCCGAUACUGCGCGUCUUGCGACGUAUGCCAACGCACGACUCCUAGGGGCCUAGUCCGCAAGAUCCCCCUCGGACGGAUGCCUCUGAUCGAUCAGCCAUUCAAGAAAGUCGGAGUGGAUCUGAUAGGCCCUCUGUACCCAACGUCCAACAGGGGCCAUCGUUACAUUCUCGUGGUCGUAGAUUUUUCCACCCGCUAUCCGGAGGCCGUUCCGCUCAAGAGAAUCGACAGUACUCAUGUGGCAGAUGCACUCUGGGAGAUAUGGACACGGGUCGGCAUUCCAGAAGAAAUCUUGACCGACAGGGGUGCCCAGUUCACCAGCGACGUGAUGAAACAGGUCCAUCAAUUCCUAUCCACGAAGGGCACAACAACCACGCCGUAUCACGCCCAGUGCAACGGGCUAGUCGAGAGAUUUAACGGCACGCUGAAGACUAUGCUGAGGCGGCUUUGUAUGGAAACUCCGAAGGAAUGGGACCGAUACAUCCCCGCUCUCCUUUUCGCGUACAGAGAAGUACCGCAGGAGUCCACGGGUUUUUCUCCUUUCGAGUUGCUGUAUGGACGCACCGUGCGUGGGCCCAUGCAGGUGCUGAAGCAACUCUGGACCAAAGAGGAAAUGGAGCCGGAAAAGCGGACAGUGGCAGAAUAUGUAAUCGAGCUGCGCAACAAGAUGGAGACGAUGUGCGAAUUAGCUCACCAGAAUUUGGAGAAAGCCGGCCAGCGCCAUGCACGUUACUUCAACUUUAAGGCACAGGAACGUCAUUUCCAACCAGGAGAAAAGGUGUUACUGCUACUACCUAGCAACGCUAACAAACUGGAAGUUGCGUGGCAGGGCCCUUACGCGAUACUCGAGAAGGUCAGAGAUCAUGACUAUAAGAUUCAAAUUGGCAGAAAAAUCAGAAUGUAUCAUGCUAAUCUCUUGAAGCGUUACGAGGAAAGAGAGCCGGAGGUCAGCUUGGCAGUCAUUAUCGACGACACGGAAGGGGGCAUGGCGAACGAGUUCAAGGAGAACGACGGCAUACCUGUUAUUCCUUUGGAAGCGACGGAAGGACCGGCUGACGUUCUAAUUAAUGACGCCCUUUCUGAAAAACAGCGUGAACAGAUCAGCGAAAUUCUGCGUCGGCAUUCCGCCUGUCUGACGGACAUACCGCGUCGAGCUAAUAUUAGUGAAUGUGAGAUCAAGCUGAUCGAAGAGAAGCCAGUAAGGGUGCGACAAUACCCCCUGGCAUACUCCCAAACGGAGACCAUAAUGAAAGAAGUAGAUGCGAUGUUGAAAAUGGGAGUGAUAGAGCCCUGCGCAUCCCCCUAUAACGCCCCGAUCGUACUAGUUAAAAAGAAGAGUGGGGAGACCAGAUUUUGUGUGGACUUCCGCGGCCUGAACAAGGUGCUGGAAUUCGACGCCGAACCCAUUCCGGACACGGAAUACCUGUUCACGAAGCUGAGCCAUGCUAAGUAUAUCAGCAAGCUAGACUUGGCCAAGGGUUACUGGCAGCUGCCGAUCCGGGAGGAAGACCGGAACAAAACUGCUUUCUCUACACCUGCAGGUCAGUACCGCUGGGUGACCCUACCCUUCGGAUUGAAAACGGCGGGCGCAAUGUUCUCACGCGCCAUGCGCAGACUACUGCAGCCCCUCAAGCGCAGUGACGUUGACAAUUUCAUCGACGACAUACUCAUUGCAACUGAGACGUGGGAGCAGCAUCGGGAGGCUCUCGACGUCGUUCUGAGUAGACUGGAGGAAGCCAACAUGUCAGCUCGUCCCUCCAAAUGCUCUAUAGCAUUCCCUGAGCUGAGUUAUCUCGGACAUGUCGUUGGGAGUGGACGAAUGAAGCCGGAACUCGAUAAGCUUGAGAAAAUUCGAGAAGCCAGCGCGCCCCAGACGAAGAGAGGAGUGAGAUCGUUUCUGGGCCUAUGUGGCUACUACCGCAAGUUCAUCCCGCAUUUCGCCGAGAUUGCCCUACCAUUAACAGAUCUCACCAAAGGCAAAAAUAAGUCUGGAGCGACGAAAAUCACAUGGACAGUCGAGUGUCAGCGAUCCUUCGAUGCCCUCAAGCACGCUCUGACCUCACGUCCCGUUAUGAAGAUUCCCGACAUCAAGGCGCCAUUCAUCCUGCGGACGGACGCAUCAGAAAUGGGGCUGGGUGCAGCGCUCCUGCAACAUGAAAGUGGGGAGAUACACCCAGUGGCGUACGCAAGCAAGAAACUAUCCCCAGCGGAGAAAAAUUACUCAACCAUAGAAAAAGAGUGCCUCGGAAUCGUCUGGGCGGUAAAGAGAUUCGAGCCGUACCUGUAUGGCCGUGAGUUCAGUAUCGAGACGGACCACGAGCCACUACAAUACCUACAACAUGCACAACUACGCAGCGCUAGGCUAGCUAGAUGGGCAAUGCAACUCCAGGCCUACCCCAUUAAAAUAAAAGCAAUCGCAGGGGAAGACAACGUGGAAGCAGACUUUCUGAGCAGGUCGUUCCUCCCUUCAGACUGA